GUAUUCCGGUGAAGUGAUGGCGGGACUAAAUUUCUACUAGUCUUGUAUAAUAGCAGCAACUUGGAAAGUGGAUUUUUCGUGUAAUUUUUGAAAAUUUUUUGAAACGGCCUCAGACGCGCUGGAAAUGGCGAUUUCAAUGGAAACUCAACUUCAGAACAUUUUUGAGGAGGUUGUGAAAACGGAGGUCAUAGAAGAAGCUUUUGCGGGCAUGUUUAUAGACACUCCGGAGAAUGAGCGAACAAAGUUGGUUAGCUGUCUUGCUGCCUUUCGCCAGUUCUGGAGCACACUCUCUCAGGAUUCUCAUGAUCAGUGUGUGCAGUGGAUAGUGCGGUUCAUCCACAGUCAGCACAGCCCCAAGCGAAUCUCCUUCCUCUAUGAUUGCCUGGCCAUGGCAGUGGAAACCAACCUUCUCCCCCCCCGGAUGGUCUGUGAGGCCUUAAUAAGCUCAGAUAGCCUGGAAUGGGAGAGGACGCAGCUGUGGGCCCUAACCUUCCAACUCAUUCGCAAAAUUAUCGGAGGGGUGGACUACAAGGGUGUGCGAGACCUCCUGAAGGCUGUCUUGGAAAAGAUCCAGACUAUUCCCACCACUGUGAGCUCUGCUGUUCUCCAGCAGCUUCUGGCUGCUCGAGAGGUGGUAGAGUACAUUCUAGACAGGAAUGCCUGCCUGCUGCCAGCUUACUUUGCCAUCACCGAAAUCCGAAAACUCUAUCCAGAAGGGAAGUUGUCCCACUGGCUACUGGGCAGUCUGAUAUCUGAUUUUGUGGACAGUUUUAGACCUACUGCAAGAAUAAACUCAAUUUGUGGGAGAUGCAGUCUCUUACCAGUGGUGAACAACUCGGGGGCCAUCUGCAACUCCUGGAAACUGGAUCCUACCACACUGCGCUUCCCCCUCCGUGGGAUGCUGCCCUACGACAAGGACCUGUUUGAGCCGCAGACAGCGCUGCUGAGAUACGUGCUGGAGCAGCCAUACUCGCGAGACAUGGUCUGCAACAUGUUAGGGCUCAACAAACAGACCUUGAACAUUGCUCAGCACAAGCAGCGCUGCCCAGUUCUGGAGGACCAGCUGGUGGACCUGGUGGUGUACGCCAUGGAGCGCUCGGAGACAGAGGAGCAGUUUGAUGAUGGUGGCACCAGCCAGCUGCUGUGGCAGCACCUAUCGAGUCAGCUUAUUUUCUUCGUGCUCUUCCAGUUUGCCAGCUUCCCACACAUGGUGCUGUCACUGCAUCAGAAGCUGGCUGGCCGUGGUUUGAUUAAAGGCAGGGACCACCUCAUGUGGGUCCUCCUCCAGUUCAUCUCCGGCAGCAUCCAGAAGAAUGCCCUAGCUGACUUCCUUCCAGUGAUGAAGCUGUUUGAUUUGCUAUACCCUGAGAAAGAGUGCAUACCGGUGCCUGACAUCACCAAGCCACAGUCCACCCAUGCCUUUGCCAUGACCUGCAUCUGGAUCCACCUCAACCGUAAAGCCCACAGCGACAACUCCAGACUGCAGAUCCCCAUCCCCCACUCACUGAAGCUGCAUCACGAGUUCCUGCAGCAGAGUCUGCGCAGCAAGAGCCUGCAGAUGACAGACUACAAAAUUGCACUGCUGUGCAAUGCCUACUCGACCAACUCUGAGUGCUUCACGCUGCCCAUGGGCGUGCUGGUGGAGACCAUCUAUGGCAAUGGCAGCAUGCGGAUUACACUGCCAGGUAUCAACUGCAUGGCGUCGGGCUCUGUCACACCGCUGCCCAUGAACCUGCUGGACUCGCUCACCGUGCAUGCCAAGAUGAGCCUCAUUCACAGCAUAGCUACACGCGUGAUCAAGCUGGCUCACGCAAAGUCGAGCAUUGCCCUUGCCCCAGCGUUAGUUGAGACCUACAGCCGCCUUCUGGUCUACAUGGAGAUCGAAUCCUUGGGCAUCAAAGGCUUCAUUAGUCAGCUCCUGCCCAAUGUGUUCAAGUCGCAUGCAUGGGGCAUCCUACACACCCUACUGGAGAUGUUCAGUUACCGUAUGCACCACAUCCAACCCCACUAUCGUGUCCAGCUGCUGAGCCAUCUGCAUUCACUGGCUGCAGUGCCACAGACCAACCAGAAUCAACUGCACUUGUGUGUGGAAAGCACGGCCCUCAGGUUGAUCACUGCAUUGGGGAGUUCAGAAGUUCAGCCCCAGUUCACACGCUUCCUCAGCGAUCCCAAAACCGUCCUGUCUGCUGAAUCGGAAGAGCUGAACCGUGCCCUCAUCCUCACACUUGCUAGAGCCACACAUGUAACAGAUUUCUUCACAGGCUCAGACUCAAUCCAGGGUACAUGGUGUAAGGACAUCCUGCAAACCAUCAUGAGCUUCACGCCGCACAACUGGGCUUCGCACACGCUGAGCUGUUUCCCUGCCCCACUGCAGUUGUUCUUCAAGCAGAACAAUGUGCCCCAGGAGAGCCGCUUCAACCUGAAGAAGAAUGUUGAGGAGGAGUACAGGAAAUGGAAAUCUAUGACCAACGAGAACGACAUCAUCACCCACUUCUCCAUGCAGGGCUCCCCGCCCCUGUUCCUGUGUCUUCUGUGGAAGAUGCUCCUGGAGACAGACCAGAUCAACCAGAUUGGAUUCAGGGUCCUGGAGCGAAUCGGAGCCCGGGCACUGGUGGCCCACGUCCGCACGUUUGCCGAUUUCCUGGUGUACGAGUUCUCCACGUCGGCUGGGGGCCAGCAACUUAACAAGUGCAUCGAGAUCCUUAAUGACAUGGUGUGGAAGUACAACAUCGUGACACUGGACCGACUCAUCCUCUGUCUGGCCAUGAGGAGUCACGAGGGCAACGAGGCACAGGUCUGCUACUUCAUCAUCCAGUUGCUCCUUUUGAAGCCCAAUGACUUCCGCAACCGCGUCAGUGACUUUGUCAAGGAGAACGCCCCGGAACACUGGCUGCAGAGCGACUGGCACACAAAACACAUGAGCUAUCACAAGAAAUACCCGGAGAAGUUGUACUUCGAGGGCCUGGCGGAGCAAGUGAGCCCCCCAUUGCAGCUGCAGUCGCAGUACCUUCCCAUCUACUUUGGCAACGUGUGCCUGCGUUUCCUGCCCGUCUUUGACAUUGUCAUUCAUCGCUUCCUCGAGCUGCUGCCAGUUUCCAAGUCCCUGGAGACGUUGCUUGACCACCUGGGCGGCCUCUACAAGUUCCACGAUCGGCCCGUGACUUACCUGUACAACACGCUGCACUACUAUGAACGGCAUCUGCGCGACCGCACGAGCCUAAAGCGUAAGCUGGUCCACGCUAUCAUGAGCUCCCUGAAGGACAAUCGCACGCCAGGCUGGUGCCUGAGCGAGACCUACCUCAAGUGCGGUAUGAACAACCGCGAGGACAACGUCUGGAUCCCCGACGACACCUACUACUGCAAGCUGAUUGGGCGCCUAGUUGACACCAUGGCGGGAAAGUCGCCAGGCCCUUUUCCAAACUGCGACUGGAGAUUCAACGAAUUCCCGAACCCAGCAGCUCAUGCCUUACAUGUGACCUGUGUGGAACUCAUGGCUCUGGCGGUGCCGGGGAAGGAUGUGGGCAAUGCCCUGCUCAAUGUCGUGCUCAAGAGUCAGCCUCUGGUCCCCAGAGAGAACAUCACAGCCUGGAUGAACGCCAUCGGACUUGUGAUAACCGCUUUGCCGGAGCCGUACUGGAUAGUCCUGCACGAUCGCAUUGUGAGUGUGAUCGGCAGCCCCGCCCUCACCUCAGAGACGGAAUGGGUCGGCUAUCCUUUUCAGCUGUUCGAUUUCACCUCCUGCCACCAGUCCUACUCAGAGAUGUACUGCAGCUACGUAUUGGCACUAGCUCACGCCGUGUGGCACCACUCCAGCAUUGGACAGCUGUCCCUCAUCCCCAAGUUUUUGUCUGAGGUUCUGAAGCCUAUUGUGAAGACGGAGUUUCAGCUGUUGUAUGUAUACCACCUCGUCGGUCCCUUCCUCCAGCGCUUCCAGCAGGAGAGAACCCGGUGCAUGCUGGAGAUUGGAGUUGCACUCUAUGAGAUGCUCCAGUCAGUGGAUCAACACAGCAAACAUCUGGUCUACAUCGACCCCAUCUGCGACUUUCUGUACCACGUCAAGUACAUGUUCACUGGGGACAGCGUCAAAGACCAGGUGGAAAAGAUCAUCUGCACUCUACGGCCGGCCCUCAAGCUCCGCUUGCGUUUCAUCACCCACAGCAGCAAGAUGGAACCAGCAGCAUCAAGUUCCUCUGCCACUAGCACACCUGCUCCCGCCGGCGUGUCUUCCCCAACGCCUCCUCCCAACGCAGGGUCAGGCACCGUCCCCAUGUCUGUGCCUCAGUAGCACUGCCCGGUGACUGGCCAGGGUGUUGUUUGAAACACCCAGCAAUCAGAUCAGUGGAUCCUCAGGCUGUCCAUCUUUGUAAUAAGGUCAGGGUUUGGCCAGGUAGGACAGUUGGUUUAUUCCUCUUUGUGAGCCUGCAAGUUCCGCCUCUCAUCAGCGAGGGUGUGUAUCAGCCAGUCCCCACUUGUGCUGAAAGAAUGGUAACCAAUCAGCUUGCAGGAUGGUGAGUACAUGUCUCUGUAGAUCCAGUGAUAGUGCUUUUUCAGUAAACAGGUGAGGGAUUGGCUGUUAUCUUUCAGGUGCCCAGUGGCAGGGAGCAGUUAGUACAGGGGAUCGUAGAACCAUCCCACCUACUGGACCUUAAAUAUAUAUGGACACACAGGAACUGUUUCUCUGGCUGUUGGAGAGACAAGUGGCAACUGUAUUAUUUUUACAUAACAUUUACACUUUCUCCAUAGUACUGCAUGUGACAUGCUCAGUACAAGAAAUGACUGGACUGCCCUGAAGAAGGUGACCUUGCGUUCCUUUGCUACUAACAGUGUAAUACCAAUGUGGCUCCUUACGCUGUGAUGGUAGUGCCUUGAGACAGGUUUUAGUUCAUGGCACAUUUGAGUUUUGUACUGUUUAUUUGUAGUGUUUCUUUGAAAAUGGCUCCUUGAGUAGUAAAGGCCAGUGGGUAUGCAGAAAAUGUACCAGGCCAAUCUGAUCAAAGAAGAUUGAAGCACCAUUUUUGAUACCCAAGUUCCAUUGUUAUAAUGAAUAAUGAGUCAGAGACCCUGUCUCUCCAGCUUUAGUCCUGAUUCACAACCUGACUGAUGUUAACAUUCACAGUGAUUUACUACCCACACGUUGUCAUCAACUGAGGUAGAUGUUGACUGGUUAAUCCCCCCCUUUGUGCCUCACCCAUCCUCCUUUGGAUGGCCCACUUGCCAUUCAGAACUGUUAAUAAAUUCUUUUUCAUAUACAGGUGCUUUUUACAUGUGGUUACGUCUGUUUCGGUUCUUGAGGUACUGAGAACAUUCCUUGACAAUCAGUAGGACAUCAUGUGUACGUUACAAAAGGAGCAUUUCAAUGUGUUUCACAGAAAAGUCAAAUUGUGUUUUAUUACCUAUUUAGCUUGUAAGAACCCUUUUAAUGUAUGAGGCAAUCUGCUUGUUGGGAAAAUGAGCAAGCUGUACUAUUUGAGUCACAUUGUUACACUAAACAUCUAUAG